CAGCCUCUCUUCUUCCUGAGCUCACUCUGUCGUUGGCGUUCGCGUUGACUGGCCAGAGUCCGCGAGCUAAACACCCUCUCCUUUAUUUGAUCUGCCACUUUACUCCCUUUCUCUCCCUCCCUGUGUUUCUCUUUUCUAUCUCUACAGCCUUUCAUCCAUUCAUCCCUGUGCUCUGCCUUCAGGACUUGACAGUUAUCUUCCAUCAGCCCUAACUGUUCCUCAUUCCACCUCUUCCUGGUCCCCUUCUAACCAUCUGAUUGGUCAUGUCGUACCAUAGCUUCCUCCUGGAACCAAUUAGCUGCCAUGCAUGGAACAAAGAUCGGACCCAGAUCGCUCUGUGUCCCAACAACCAUGAGGUUCACAUCUAUAAAAAAGACGGGACCAAGUGGACCAAGAUCCAUGAGCUGAAGGAACACAACGGACAGGUGACAGGUAUUGACUGGGCUCCAGACAGUAACCGUAUAGUUACUUGUGGAGCGGAUCGAAACGCCUAUGUGUGGACCCUGAAGGACGGGACGUGGAAGCCCACCCUGGUCAUCCUCAGGAUCAAUCGUGCAGCCCGCUGUGUCAAGUGGUCACCACGAGAGAACAAGUUUGCUGUCGGCAGCGGCUCACGCCUCAUUUCCAUCUGCUACUUUGAACAGGAAAACGACUGGUGGGUCUGCAAACACAUCAAGAAGCCGAUCCGCUCCACCAUCCUCAGUCUGGACUGGCACCCCAACAACGUCCUGCUGGCGGCUGGAUCCUGUGACUUCAAAUGCAGGGUUUUCUCAGCCUACAUAAAGGAGGUGGAGGAGAAGCCCGGCCCCACCCCCUGGGGCAGUAAGAUGCCAUUUGGGGAGGUGCUGUUUGAGUCUGGAGGGUCUGGAGCUGUGGAUCAGACCUCAGGAGGGGGGGGUGGAGGAUGGGUGCACAGCGUGUGCUUCUCCCACUCGGGUAACCGUCUGGCCUGGACCUCCCAUGAUUCCUCUGUGUCUGUGGCGGAGGGUGGAAAGAGCGGAACGGUGAGCAGUCUGAGCUCGGAGACACUUCCUCUUCUGUGUGUCACCUUCAUUACUGAGAACAGCUUAGUAGCAGCUGGCCAUGACUGCUACCCGAUGCUGUUCGUGUAUGACAGCACCAAAGCCGGUCUGACAUUCGGGGGCAAACUGGACGUUCCUAAGCAGGCGGCCCAGAAGGGCAUCAGCGCCAGGGAGCGUUUCCAGAACCUGGACCGCCGGGCUUCAGAAUCCCAGAGCACUGACAAGGACCUGAACACUCUGCACAAGAACAGCAUCAGCCAAAUCUCGGUGCUGGAAGGAGGACGAAACCAGUGCACCAAGUUCUGCACCACUGGUAUGGAUGGAGGCAUGGGCAUCUGGGACGUCAAGACUCUGGAGUCUGCUAUGAAGAACUUGAAGAUUGUCUGAACCGAAGCAACCAAAGGAAUGUCGCUUCUGGAGAAAUGAAGAAAACUGCUGCCUUAUUUUAUUACACAAAGCUUCUUGGCCAUAUUUUAAUCAGGUAUUUUUUACAAAACGAUCAGACUUUGGUCAAACAGUAUUUUUUAAAGUCCUCUGAAGCUUUUUUGAUGAGCUUGAUGAAGUCAAACUAUACAGAAGGACUGACCUCAGGUCUGCAAAUGGUACUUAAUGAGUUAGAUUAGUGUAAUCGCAGAGGGCUCCCUCCGAGCUCAAAGCUUAAAGCAGGAAUUUAGUAUUAAUCACAAUGAAGGGCUGCAAUACUCUGUUAAAGCUUAUGCUGGUCAUAAUAUGCAUUGAAUAAAUGAUUGCUGUUACAGAA